ACAACGAUUGCACAUCGUGGGAGAGGUCCGCUCUGGUACAAGCUUUGGCUGGAUGUUCGACAUAUACCGAUUGCCAUCUAUCGAAUUCUUACAAAUGCUCCAUUUAUGUUGAUCACACUUGCCAUGGCGAUUGACAGCUUAAUCAUCACGGGUGCGUCCUCAUUCAUGUCAAAAUAUCUGGAGCGACAGUUCAGCGUUCCGCCAAGUAACUCUAGUUUUCUCAUCGGUGACUGUUACUUUAAAUUUGCUUCAAGAUCUCAUUGUUUUCAAGGGUGUAUUAUGGUGCCAAUGGCGGGAGUUGGGUGCAUGAUUUCUGGCUUUAUCGUGCAGUAUUUCCGCCUGAACUGCGUUACAACACUCAAAUUAUCUGUGGGGUUGCUAUUCGUUUCUCUGGUACUUACUCCAAUGUAUCUCAUCUAUUGCCCACAUGAUCCACUUGUUGGAGUCGAAACAACUUAUCCUGAUCGCGACGGUCAUAUGUCUGUGGGUAGUAACUAUUCGGAAGUAGAGCCAACGCUACGAAGUGCUUGUAACUCACACUGUCUGUGUAGUGAAGCUGAAUUCCACCCGAUAUGCGCUCAAUAUGCGGAUGGACGGCAGCUUUCUUACUACUCACCUUGCUUUGCUGGGUGCUCGGAAGCGUAUUCUCCUAUGCAGAAGUUCUAUUCUAACUGCUCAUGUGUUGUCGAAACAGCACGUCUGCAAUUGCGUCAAGUCAAAAAGGGAAUAUGUCAGUCAAACUGCAAGGGACUUCUCGGUUUUCUCAUCAUCUUUGCCCCGCUGUCACUCUGUACUUUUGCCGUUGCUGUGCCAAUCAUAUCGGUGAUUUUAAGAACCGUGGAUUACAACGAAAGAUCUUUUGCACUUGGAAUACAAGGUAUUUUGGUCCGAAUUAUCGGUACUAUACCGGCACCGGUGUUAUUCGGUUGGAUGUUUGACGUGAGCUGUAUUCGAUCUCAGUCGGAACCUUGUGGUGCAUCGGUACGGAAUCUAGCAUAUUAA